GCCAGGGGCGGUGGCCGCCGCCCCGGGGCGACAUGGCGGGGCCCGGGCGCUGGACGCCGCUGCUCCUGUGCCUGCUGCAGGCCGCUCCAGGGAGGCCCCGUCUGGCCCCUCCCCGGAAUGUGACGCUGUUCUCCCAGAACUUCAGCAUGUACCUGACGUGGCUCCCGGGGCCUGGCAGCCCCGAAGACGUGACCUAUUUUGUGGCCUACCAGAGCUCUCCCACCCCCGGACGGUGGCGAAAAGUGGAAAACUGUGCUGGAACCAAGGAGCUGGUAUGUCCCAUGAUGUGCCUGAAGAAACAGGACCUGUACAACAAGUUCAAGGGGCGCGUGCGGGCAGCUUCUCCCCGCGCCAGGUCCCCCUGGGUGGAGUCCGAGUACCUGGAUUACCUUUUUGAAGUGGAGCCGGCCCCACCCGUCCUGGUGCUCAACCUGACAGAGGACAUCCUGAGUGCCAAUGCCACGUACCAGCUGCCCUCCUGCAUGCCCCCACCAGAGCUGAACUACGAGGUGGCAUUCUGGAAGGAGGGGUCCAGAAAUAAGACUCUAUUCCCAGCCACCCCCUACGGCCAGCCAGUCCAGAUCCCCCUCCAGCCAGCCACCAGCGAACGCCACUGCCUCAGUGCCAGAACCAUCUACACCCUCACUGUCCCCAAAUACAGCGAGUUCUCUAAGCCCACCUGCUUCUUCCUGGGGGUCCCAGGAGCCAGCUGGGCAUUCCUGGUCCUGCCGUCACUUCUGCCCCUGCUGCUAGUAAUUGCCACAGGGGGUGUCAUCUGGAAGAGCCUCACAGGGGACCCCUGGUUCCAGCAGGCAAAGAUGCCACAGGCUCUGGACUUCUCUGGACACAGACACCUUGUGGCAACCUUUCAGCCCAGCGGACCAGAGUCCCUGGACGACUUGGUCCUCUGUUCCCAAAAGGAACUGGCUGGAAGAGCCAGGCUGACCCCUAGAGUGAUGGCCCCGGCCACCCUAUGGGCAGGAUCAGAGAAGGAUGGUGCUGAGGAUGAGGAGGAUGCAGAGGAUGCAGAUGAUGGUGUCAGUCUCCAGCCCUACAUCGAGCCUCCCCCUUUCCUGGGGCAAGGGCACCAGGUGCCAGGGCACCAUGAAGAUGCAGAGGGGCUGGACUCAGGGAGGCCCUGGGCUCCUCUGGUCCCGGGCGAAGGCUCCUGUACUGGGGACUCUUCAGACCGAAGCUGGGCCAGCACUGUGGACUCUUCCCCCUGGGAUGAGUCUGGGUCCUCUGGCUGCUUGGCCAAGAAGGGGCCAGACCAAGGGCUGGGACAAGACGGGCAUGGGGAGCCCCUGCCACCACCUGAAUUCUCCGGGGACUCGGGUUUCCUGGAAGAGCUUCCAGAAGAUGCCCUCUCCCCCUGGUCCGCCUGGGGCUCCUCAUCACUGGGGCUGGAUCUGGUCCCUGGGGAGCCCCUAGUUUCUCUGCGGACAUUGACCUUCUGCUGGGACAGCAGCCCUGAGGAGAAAGAGGAGGAGGAAGAGGAGGAGGAGGAAGAGGAGGAGGAGGAGGAGGAUGACGAGGGCAAGAGUGGAUCAGAGAUUGAUGACAGCGGUGCUGGCAGCUGGGGGGCUGAGAGCACUCUGAGGACCAAGGAAAGGAUGCUGGGCCACUACAUGGCCAGGUGAGCUGUCCCCAGCUUCCCACCGAAUCUGGUGCUGCUGUCACAGCUACUGGGCUUCCCAAAGACCAGAGAAGACACCACUGAAACUGGAGAGCGUACGCACCUUCCCGAGGCAGUGGAGGGUCGUUGUGGCACUUCAAGGACCCCCCACCUAGAGGCUGUUUGUCAGUCGGGUCUGGCAGUAAGAUGCCACCCCUUCCCAUGACCCACCCGUUUUAGGCUGAGCUCUAAAAGGGGUAGAGACAGGGUGGGCUGAGGUCAGAGGUUGGUUGGGUGUCACAUCACUCCGCUGUCUCUGGGGUGACAGUUCAGGCAGAAAAAUCAUCCCUGGACAAUGUGAAACAGGUGAGGUCAGGUCACUGUGGACAUCAAGGACUGACACCACCAAGGUGCCAUCUGGAAUUUGGGGAGGGCUGGCCCUGCCGUAGGCACAUCUGGUGUAUCGGAGCCUCAUGGCUUCCCCAGCACUGCUGAGGUCCCUCCGCCCCAGCUCUCAGCCUCCUGGUUGAUGGGCACCCUAGGGUGGGCCCCGAUAAAAAAAAUCCAGGUGGCCAAGGGUGUUGGAGGGGAAGGGAAGGGAAGGGGCGGUUGUCAUUCAAAUCCUGAUCUUUGGAGUCACAGCAUUGCACGGUAUUUAACAUCAGGCAGACCUGGGUUCGAAUCCCAGCUCUGCCAUUUACCAGCUGUGUGAUCUUGGGCAAGCUGCCUUCCUUCUCUGUACCUCGGUUUCCUCAUCUGCAGCUACUGCCUGGGGUGCAGUGAGGGUUCAGGGAGAUCCCAGGUGUGUGCAGCAUGGGCCUGCCUGGUGCUCUCUAUAUGGUGGCUGGUAGAAUUCUCCAUCCAUCCAGGCUCCAAAGAGACCCUGGACAUCUCCUACCUGUGACCCCUAAAUCCAGAGCAACUGGGAGCCGUCGCCUUUCAGCUCAUCUGACCUGUGGUCUCCCCCACUCCCUGCCCUCCUCCUUGUCAGGAGACUGAACUCUCAGAAGCCUGAGCCCCAGCCAAGGGGGACCAGGGUCCCUCCCCCUUUACCCAGCCAUGGGAACAUGCUUCCCAAGGAAGUAACAAAGUGGUCCACCUUCCAGGGGCCUGAUUUGUCGGGGUGGGCAGGGAUUGGACUUCUGGGCCUGUAGUCCUGUCUUGGACAGCACUUUAGACUCUGCAGUUGACCGAUGUGGUUGGGAAGAAGUCCCACUCCCCCUUCCAGUUACGAGAAACCAGUGUCUUCUGGAUACAGGUGACAGUCCUUACCUCGGGUGGUGAUGCGUCCUCAGUUAACCUACACCCACCUGUAUAUGGACGAGCAUAGCUGAGUUUUCACCCAUAGGACUGAGAUGUUUGUCUGUUCUGUGGCCAUGUGACCUGCCAGGACUUACAUUUCUCCAUCUGCGAAGAAAGGAUCUUCUUAGCCUUUUUACCCACAGAGCUGUGUUGUAUUGAGGACACUGUGAGGAUAUAGCAUUAAAUGACAGAUCUGGAAAAACAUCUUAAGGCAUCCGGUCCAAGGGUUCUCAAACCAUGUGCCCAAUAGGCUGUGGGCUUCAGUUGCAGGGGGAACCUCGGGGCUACAGGACCCCCAACUCACACAGAGCAGCCUCACUGUGCCCCGAUUUACAUACAGUGGCCUUGCACUGAGGUCGUUUAGGGGGUUCCGCUGCUAAAGAAAAAGUUAGCAAACCACUUUUUUAAUUGAACACCUAUCUUGUUUCAAAUGAAGCAGCUGAGGUCCAGAGUGGCAAAGGCGCUUGCCCCAGGUCACCUGGCAAUGCCCCAGUGACUUAUUGUGUGUGUCCUCAAGGGUGAGGUCUUUGGUCUCUGCCCAGCCAGGCCAACCCCUGACCUCUUGGCCAUGUCAACAAAGUAUGAAGAGCUCAGCCAGGGUUUCCGAGGGUCACUAAGGGGGCAGGAGGCCUGCAGCACUGCUGAGGCAUGUGUGCCCGAGUGU